GAUACACGUCACAUCCGUUUUUUGUCAAAGUCGUUGGCAAAUAUGGCAGCGUUUUCUGAAAUGGGCGUUAUGCCUGAGAUCGCCCAAGCAGUCGAGGAGAUGGACUGGCUCCUUCCCACAGACAUCCAGGCAGAGUCUAUUCCGUUGAUCCUGGGGGGAGGAGAUGUCCUCAUGGCGGCAGAGACUGGGAGUGGUAAGACCGGGGCCUUCAGUAUCCCAGUGAUCCAGAUAGUGUAUGAGACUCUGAAGGACCAGCAGGAGGGGAAGAAGGGGAGAACUGCUGUGAAGACUGGUGGAGCAGUCUUCAACAAAUGGCAGAUGAACCCAUAUGACAGAAGCACAGCUUUCGCCAUUGGACCAGACGGACUGUGUUGUCAAAGCAGGGAGUUUAAGGAAUGGCAUGGCUGUCGCUCUACCAAAGCCAUCACCAAGGGGAAGUACUACUAUGAGGUAUCAUGUCAUGACCAGGGCCUGUGUAGGAUCGGCUGGUCUACCAGCCAGGCAGCUUUGGACUUAGGUACCGAUAAAUAUGGCUUUGGAUUCGGAGGAACUGGGAAGAAAUCUCACAACAAACAGUUUGACAGUUAUGGAGAGGAGUUCACCAUGCAUGACACCAUGGGAUGUUACCUGGAUCUAGACAACGGACUCCUCUCCUUCUCCAAAAACGGUACUGACCUGGGCUUGGCGUUUGAGAUCCCAGCUCUUCUGAAGAACCAGCCCUUCUUUGCUUCCUGUGUUCUCAAGAAUGCAGAGCUGAAGUUUAACUUUGGUGCGGAGGAGUUUAAGAAUCCUCCCAAGACGGGCUUCGUAGCGGUGGACCAAGCUUCUGAGGGACAUGUGGUCAAAUCCAGCCAGACAGGCAGUGUUAAGGUGUCGGAGGUGAAGUCGGCUUCCUGUGGGCCCAAAGCUCUGAUCGUUGAGCCGUCUAAAGAGCUUGCUGAACAGACCCUCAACAACGUUAACCAGUGUAAGAGAUAUGUGGACAAUCCCAAGCUCAGAGAUCUUCUGAUCAUCGGAGGGGUUCCUGCUAGAGACCAGCUGGCUGUACUGGAACAAGGGGUGGACAUCGUGGUUGGAACACCAGGUCGUCUCGAUGACCUCAUCUCUACGGGGAAACUCACCUUGUCUCAAGUCCGCUUCCUGGUCCUCGAUGAGUGUGACGGUCUCCUUACUGCGGGCUACACCGACUUCAUCAUGAGAAUCUACAACCAGAUUCCUCAAGUCACCUCGGACGGCAAGAGACUGCAGGUCAUCGUCUGCUCAGCAACGCUCCACUCCUUCGACGUGAAGAAGCUGUCGGAGAAGAUCAUGCACUUCCCCACCUGGGUGGACCUGAAGGGAGAGGAUUCUGUCCCUGAGACCGUACAUCACGUGGUCGUACCUGUUAACCCUAAACACGACCGCAGCUGGGAACGCCUCGACCGCAAGAACCACAUCCUGACUGAUGAGGUCCAUGCUAAAGACAACACCAGACCAGGAGCCAACAGCUCAGAGAUGUGGUCUGAGGCCAUCAAGAUCUUGAAGGGGGAGUACACCAUCAGAGCCAUCAGGGAACACAACAUGGACCAGGCCAUCAUCUUCUGUCGGACCAAGAUCGACUGUGACAACAUGGAGCAGUACUUCAUCGUACAGGGAGGAGGUCCAGAUAAAAAAGGCCACCAGCUUUCCUGCGUCUGUCUCCAUGGUGACCGGAAGCCCAACGAACGCAAGACCAAUCUGGACCGAUUCAAGAAACAGGAAGUGAAGUUUUUGAUCUGUACAGACGUGGCGGCCAGGGGCAUCGACAUCCACGGAGUCCCCUAUGUGAUCAACGUGACUCUGCCAGAUGAGAAGCAGAACUACGUCCAUCGCAUCGGCAGAGUGGGGAGAGCAGAGAGGAUGGGGUUGGCCAUCUCUCUCGUUGCCAUGGAGAAGGAGAAGGUGUGGUAUCAUACGUGUGCUAACCGGGGCAGAGGGUGUCACAACACCAGGCUGAAGGAGGAGGGAGGAUGUACCAUCUGGUACAACGAGAAGGAGCUGCUGUCCGACGUAGAGGAACAUUUAAAAUGUACCAUCACCCAGUGUGACCCAGACAUCAAGGUUCCUGUGGACGACUUUGACGGCAAGGUCACCUACGGCAAGCGCAGAGCAGCAGCAGGUGGUAACUAUAGUGGUCAUGUGGCUGCCUUGGCUCCUACAGUUCAGGAACUGGCCAAUCUGGAGAGAGAAGCUCAGACCUCCUUCCUUCACCUGGGGUACCUGCCCAACCAGCUGUUCAAAGCCUUCUGAAAACACACCUGCCGGUGUAGAUACGCAGUUGCACCUGGGCUGACUUCAACCAACUUAACGUCCUGCUUCCUGUCUACACCUACACACACCUACACGCACCUACACACACCUACACGCACCUACACACACCUACACACACCUACACACACCUACACACACCUACACACACACCUACACACACACCUACACACACACAGACUUUAUGUACACACCUGCUGGUCUAGAUACGCAGUUACACCUGGGCUGACUUCAACCAACUUAACGUCCUGCUUCCUGUCUACACCUACACACACCUACACACACACACAGACUUUAUGUACACACCUGCUGGUGUAGAUACGCAGUUACACCUGGGCUGACUUCAACCAACUUAACGUCCUGCUUCCUGUCUACACACACACACACACCUACACACACACACACACAGCCUUUAUGUACACACCUGCUGGUGUAGAUACGCAGUUACACCUGGGCUGACUUCAACCAACUUAACGUCCUGCUUCCUGUCUACACACACACACACACCUACACACACACACACACAGCCUUUAUGUACACACCUGCUGGUGUAGAUACGCAGUUACACCUGGGCUGACUUCAACCAACUUAACGUCCUGCUUCCUGUCUACACACACACACACACCUACACACACACACACACACACACACACACACACACACACACACACACCUACACACACACACACACAGCCUUUAUGUACACACCUGCUGGUCUAGAUACGCAGUUACACCUGGGCUGACUUCAACCAACUUAACGUCCUGCUUUCUGUCUACACACACACACACCUGUUGUGACUGCCUGUACAGUGUGCAGGUCUUCCAAAGAGAAGAGACUAGCGUAGUGGCUAAAAGCUAAACCAACACACCACUGUAGUUGUGAUUUGAGUGCCUGGAGCACGAGCUGUCAGAGCUGAACAAGUCUCUGGUUGGAUACGAGAUGGUCCAGGGUCUGGAGCUGAAGGUUGUGACUAAAAUGAGUUAUUAUUUCCCUUCUAAAGGGUUCAUUUAAUAAAAUGAUUUGAGUUUGAUCUGUUAAAAUAAAGUCAAAUUAAACCGUU